UAGCUCUCAAAGGUAAAGGAUCGUUUAACCUCUUACGGUGUAUGUGACAUUCUUUCCAAGCAAGCAGUCUAAUGUUCGUACCUUAACGUCUAACGUUACUCAACGAAUAUGGUAGCUGUGCAUUUGUACGAUUCGACAAUUUGUCGAUUAUGCGCAGCGGACAAUGGCAACGAAUUGUUGUUCGUCAGUGAGACAGGCGAGACAGACUUGAGUUCACUCGUGAAUCGAUACUUACCGCUGAAGGUUCGAGACGAUGGCAAAUUACCAAGAACAAUUUGUCCAGGCUGUAACAUUCAACUAGAAGCAACAGUUCAGUUUUUACAGCUGUUAGUGAAUGGACAACAAAAGUUACGAGAAAUGUGGAAACAUGAGGUGGAGCAACGCAGAGCUGAACGUUUGUUAGAUAAAAGAGUAAAUAUAGACCGUGUAGCUCAGCAUAAUGAGAAUGAACAGGAUGAGCAACAAAACAUUGUUAAAGUAACGUCAGAAGGAUCCAUGUAUCCAGCAGAACAUGAAAUGAGUUUACAAAUAGAAGGUUUGACUAAGCCAAAAAGGAAACGUGGACGUCCACCUAAAGUACACACAGAAGCAGACACUUUGGCAACAAAAGAAAAUCCUGUAGAAACUGUGAGCCAAGGUGAAGAGGAUAAACAAGAAGAAAUCGAUGAAAUGGAUGGUGAUGGAAGGCGCAGGAGAAAACGUAAAGUUCCAAAAAGAUUUAUGGAAGCAGUACAAGGAAAGGAACUAGAAAGAAUUUUUAAGGAGGAGGGUGUGAUUGAUGAAGAAGAUGAUGAUCCUGAAAUGCAUGAUGAUUCUGAGGAAGCAUUAAAUUCUUCUAUUCAGGAUGGUCAGGAAGAAGUAAUUGGUCAUCUUGAAACGGAAGAAGGUAAAGACUUGGGUGAAUUGGUAGUUGUGAAUCGUGCACGAGGGAAAACAAAACUAAACCGACGGAAGACCAAAUUUACUUGUCAACUUUGUGGCAGAGGUUUUCUACAACGCAGCAGAUUCAUAGUACACAAGAGCUUUCAUAAAAGCGUGAGAUAUGAGUGUACACAGUGUAAGAAGCUCUUCAUCAGCAAGGAUAACCUGAUGUUGCAUCAGAAGACAACUCUGCACAAUUCGAAUUCUGUGAACGAGAAUGUCGAGGCGCCGAAUUCACUCGAAAGGAUUGAGAUAGCCAACGCAGAGCAGAACACUUCAACGUCGAUAACCGAGAGGAGUAAACUGGAUAAAGAAUACCCAUGUGAUAUCUGUGGCAAAGUCCUAAAUCAUCCCAGCUCCGUCGUGUAUCAUAAAGAAGCCGAGCAUAAUAACGGGCGUCGUUUUGUCUGUAACAAAUGUGGGAAGAGUUUCAAGCACAAACAGUUGCUCCAGCGUCAUCAGUUAGUGCAUUCAGAUAACCGGCCAUACGUUUGUAAGUCAUGUAAUGCCAGUUUCAAGACUAAGGCGAAUCUGAUUAAUCAUCAGUUUACUCACACGGGCGAGAAGAAAUACUUCUGUGACAUUUGUAGCCAACAAUUUGCGCACAAGACCAGUCUCACGUUGCAUUACAGAUGGCAUAGUGGCCACAAACCGUACACUUGCGAGGUAUGUCAGAAGAGUUUUUCUCAAAAUGGCAAUCUGCAAGAGCACAUGCGCAUUCACACUGGCGAAAAGCCGUAUUGCUGCGACCAUUGUGGUCGCAAAUUCACUACAUCAUCCCAGUUUAAACUGCACGUGAAACGACACACCGGCGAGCGACCUUGGAAGUGCGAGUUUUGUGCAAAAUGUUUCUUGCAUAAAGAUACAUGGAAGUGUCAUGUACGUCGGCAUAAGGGCGAACGUCCAUUUCAAUGCGCGCAUUGUAAUCGCGGAUUUACGGAACAAUGGGCACUGAAGAAACAUUUCCGCUUGCAUACUGGUGAAAAGCCUUAUUCCUGCGAUUUGUGUGGCAAAGCCUUUGCUGAUUGCUCAAAUUUAACAAAGCAUAAAAAGGUGCACAGGGAAAAUAAAGUGCUAACUGUGGACAAAGCGGGAGGAUCCCCAAUUGGCGAGGUGUGGCAAAUCUUACCAAACUCACAGGAGAGUGACGAACAAGCACUCGUCAAUGAUCAAAUGACGCAAGUGAUUGCGACUGAUGAAGCAUCUACCGAUGGAAUUCAACAAAUUAUCUAUGUGUCCUAUCAAGAUCCUGAUGAUCCCAAUCAAUCACGAACAUUGCAUUUUGUCGAUACUAGCGCGAUAAGAAAUAAGGACGGAAUAACAUCAGAUAUAAACUCAUUGCCACGUUUAGACGUUGAGAACGACGAAAUAAUUGCCGACAAAAUUACAAAUAAUACAGCCAGCAAUAACGAAGAGCAAUCUGGAAUAGAGCUUUCCGACUCUGAUUUACAGUUGCAGAUUACAGAUGAAGAAGGUAAUCCUAUUCCGCUGUCGAUCCAAGAAGCCCGGCAGCUUCUUUCUCAAGGACACUUUAUUAGUCAAUUGAGCGACGGCCAAACUAUUCGCGUUCAUUCUGGAAUGCUUACGCAACAGUCCACGCAUGCCUUGAACAUUCAUGUUGAUGAGGAGGCUGCUGUAACCGCGGCAAUGAAAGGGGAAAUUACGACCCGUCCGACCAAAAACGUUGAAACUAUGUCGGUAGUUCAAACCGACGCGGAAGCAAUCGUCAAAGCUCUCGAGGAUGAAGAUACAGAUGCGACGGCAGUCGCAACAAUUAAUCAGUUAGAAGGAGGAAUCAUGGACAGUGAACAUGCGAUAGAAUUUACAACUCAAGAUGGGCAAAAAGUUCGCGUCCUGACAUCGUACCAUGUCGAUGGAAUGCAGCUUACUCCAGAGUACCUGACUAUUGUACAAUAAACAAAAAAAGAAAUAGACAUUAAUAUAUAGCUAGGUAUAUAUGUAGACGUGUGUGUGUGCGCGCGCGCGCGUGUGUGUGUAUGAUGUGCACUUCACAGUUUUUGUAAGCAUUUUCAACGAUCAAAUUAAUCUCCUUGAUUUCAGUAAUUUUUUAGCAGUAUUGAAUGAAAUAUGCGAUCUUUAAGCGAUAUUUAUUUAGUCUAGAGAAGGUUGGACUGGUGAUCGGUGCGAGUUAACAAACUUAGUAACAUUGUGAAAAUUAAAAAAAUUUUAACAUCUGUAGAUAUUUUUAGAGAUUUUAUAAUAUUUAAAACAGUGCGACAUUUUAAGGAACGCCUAAGGACAUUUUGCAAGUGUUUGCUAUAUAUAACAGUAAAUAUGUGCCGAAGACACUUUCAUAAAUCGCAAUUUCAUCCAUGACACUGCUUAUGCACAUAAUGAUGAUAUAUCAUCAUAUAUACGAUAUAUACACAUAGUGAUGAUAUAUCAUGUGUGUAUGAUAUUAAAAACAUAGUAUUAGAAAUUACAUCAAUAAAUUAUUUAAAUCUUGUUAAAAGUAAGUCACUUAUAAGAGAAAUAUGAAAACAUGUAAUAAACUUUAUAAAUGGGGGAAAAAAUUACUUUCUGCGCUAUUAUUUAAUAUAAUUUUUAUGUUGCUUCGUCCAUUGAUGUACGAAGUAUAGUAUAGUUUCUGUACCCAUACAGCACAGACUUCCAAGAGACGUCCUAAAAAUAUCCAAGAUGUCCAUCGGAUAAAAUGCAUGGAGCAUCGAGUGAUGUCAUUUUGUAUGAAACCUAUGAAAUUAUAAGCCUAUAUGAAAGGUAUUAAACACCAAAAGGAACAGAAAAAACAAAUAAAACAUAUUUCUAAUUUUUUUCUGAUUUAUUUGCUAAUUUAAAAUCUAACAU